GUUAUUGAGUCAACGUGUUAGCUACAUUCAAGAUGGCGGACAUUUGGUUUGUUGUUUGGUGUUUUUUGCCUUUCAUAUCUUAUUCCAUUCAAGGAGAAGCCCCAACAUUAACGGGUAUAAACUUUGAACAUAAAGUAUUUAGAAGUCCUCAUUUUGUGAUGUUCUACGGGCCAUGGUGUGAACACUGUAAGAACAUGAUGUCGGCAUGGAAUGAUUUAUCCGAUCAAUAUGCAAAGCGAGAUAAGCUACAUGCAAUUAACAUUGUUAAGGUUGAUUGUACAGCUGAUACUCCUUUAUGUGCUAAGCAAAACAUCAAAGCAUAUCCAACCCUGCGACUGUAUCAUGAAGGAUUCACCAAGAGAUAUAACGGGAAGAGAAGUGUUGCUGAAUUCAUGAAAUUUGUCAACCAGCUGGUAUUUAAAGAGGUUGUCAAUAAAGAUUCAGUCACUGUUGUCAACAAUGUCAAAGUUUUGACCAAGAAGAAUUUUGAUGAGCAAACAGAAAUAGGACUACACUUUGUUAAAUUCUAUGCUCCAUGGUGUAUCCACUGCAUCAAGCUUGCACCUAUCUGGGAGUCCCUGGCAACCAAAUACAAAGACUCGCCUGAUAUAUCGAUUGCAAAGAUAGAUUGUACAGCAGAAGGAGCAAAGUGCAGUCAGCAUAAUGUGAAAGCAUUCCCAACACUCAAGCUCUUUAAAGAUGGAAAAGAGAUAAACCAAUACACGGGUGGACGGGCAUUAAAAGAGCUGGAGACAUUUGUGAUGUCACAGAUAGCUUUCAAUAUCAGGCCAGCUACAACUGACAGCACACAGUCGACUAUUGAACAUGUAGACCACUCAGCCAAUGAAGAACCACCACCACCUGCUACGGAAGACAGUGAAGAAGAUAUGAUUAAACCUUAUCAGCUGAAUGAAAASAACUUUGACUCCUUGGUUUCCUUUGGUACCACAUUUGUCAAGUUCUAUGCACCUUGGUGUAGACAUUGUAAGAUUCUUGCUCCAACCUGGGAACAACUGGCCAAGAAAUGUGCUGAAACAGCUGCAGGACCAAAGAUUGCCAGGGUGGACUGCACUGCUGAAGAAAAACUCUGUCAAACCUUUGGGAUUAACGGUUACCCCACCCUCACUCUCUUCAAAGAUGGUCAACCAAAACAAGAAUACAAUGGCAACAGAGACUUGGAAAGUUUGUAUAGGUUUGUGAUGCAACACCAUGACAAAGAAGAAUUAUAGAUAUAAAACUGCAUGCUAAUGUUAUCUUACUCUUAGCAUUCUCUGUCCUGAGGAAAAUAGCCCCUGAGGGAGGGGGAGGGGGAGGAAGGGGGUGGAUCCUGAUGAGAGUCGUUUUCUCAUGGUAAGAAUAAUUUGUUUUUGCAAGAGCUAAAGUUAAGUAAUGGUUAAACCUCUGGUGCAGAGAUUAAGGCACACACUACCAGCGGCCUUGACUGUAAAUAGUUUUAUAAAUUAUAAAUAUUGUUAUUAUUGAUAUGAUAAAGAUCCCAAAUAAAAGGGAAAUCGUUGAAUACUCAA